CAUCAGCAGGUGCACCAACCCCACCCCAACCCGGGGCGAACCGAAGGGUUCCCGGUGAGUGAGUGAGUGAGCUCGUGUGUUUCCGUCGCCACUCGUAGCCCCGGUUUGGUGUGGAAUGCAGACGCCAGAGGAACCGAGAGGGCUUGAGCAGUCCGUGGAGGCGCGCGAGUUGGAACGGGGAGGAAAACGGUUAACGAGGAGGAAGUUACCGAGUGACUGUCUAAGGGACUCCGUUACCGGUUCAUAUUCCAAGGAGAGAUAAACGUUAACUGGUUCAGUCGAUUCCCCCGAGUGUAUGGGUUGCAUACGGGAUGAGGAGAGGUCCCGGGUUUCUCCGGUAUGCACCGUAUGAACGCAGACACUGCAGACAACUACCCCGCCUCUCUAUCAGGGAGACACCAGUCUACAGCACCAAGUUGUCCAGUGUGGGUAGUAACAGGUCCAGUCAUCAUGUUCUAUGGGUCGUCCUCUACCUCGGGGGCCUCCAUGUCUCUGCCCUCCAAGAGCCGACUCAAACGCCAGAGCAGAACAUUCACACAGGUCCUGUACCGGACUCUGAGUUACCGGGAUCGUCCCCCGGCCGACCACACCUCCCGAGACCGCCGCUCCAUCACCGAACCCCCCGACGACCGUCCCCAUGAUGACCCCGCGGAACUCUCCACCCAGAGCUCCGCCCCCGGCGUCCUGAAGAUCUUCGGAGAUGAGAUCUGCGAGGGCGCCAACUACAAGUCUGUCCUCGCCACGCCACGGUCCAGCGCACAGGAACUGGUCAAAGAGGCGCUGGAACGCUAUUCGCUGAACAAAGCCUCCGCCCACUCCUACGUCCUCUGCGACGUGAUAGGCCAGCUGGAGGGGGGAGGAGGAGGAGGUCAGGGGGGAGGAGGGGGGUGGAGGACAGAGUGUUUGCGGGCGAUGGGCGACAAUGAGAAGCCAUUGUUGUUACAGGAACUAUGGAAGCCCAGAGAGGGACAUGCCAGGAGGUUUGAGCUGCGGAGGAGAGCAGAAGUAGAUGAGCUUAAUGCUAAGGAGAAGGAUACGGUCACUGCUGAUAUCAACGCCCAGGCUAGGAAGCUACAGAGGAACCGAGCUAAAGGAACUCUGACACUACCUCGACCUGGGACCACGUUCUGCCGCUCCCUCAGUGAGACCAGUCUCAACCAGUUGGGGGGUGCAGACGAGCCGAAGCGCUACUACUCCACGCUGCCGGGACCUCUGAGGACGAGGGGGAGUCAGGAGGGGGCCACGACAAGGAGGAAGGAGGGAGAGGGGGGAGGAACUGGGGGAGGAGGGGUGAGACAUUCCCUCUACCAGUCCCCUCACCUGCUGCUGCUGCAGGGAUACAACAGACAGGACUGCCUUGUGUACCUGUUGAACAGAGAGCAGCACACUGUGGGUCAGGAGACCCCUUCGGCCCGUCCCAACAUCUGCCUGUCCUCUCCUGACAUCCUGCCCCUCCACUGUCGCCUCCACCGCGUCCCCGCCCCCCGUCGCCAUGGCAGCACCCCCGACAACAACAACCCCUCUGCAGCCGCCGCCGUCGUCGCCGGGGAUGACCGCUUCUGCGUUGCCGUGGAGCCCGUCCCCCACGCUACGGUCCUGGUCAACUUCUCCCGGUGCGAGCGUUCCACCCAGCUUCGCCAUGGCGACCUGCUGUCGUUCGGAGCCCACUACAUCUUCCUUUAUAAGGACCCAACGGGCGCCAAGCCACUCCCCUCCCAGACGCUGGCACGCCUCCGAACACUGGGGCAGCUGUACGAGACUGGGGGAGACGGAGGAGGGGUGGAGACGGAGGGGGGAGGGACCUGUAAGAUGUGUGGCUCAUUGUUAAAGGACAGGGGGGCGUUGUCCUCCCAAACCGGCCCCCCCGCCAGGCGGAGCUUCAAACCACACCUGGUGAAACCCCGAGGCGGGGGGGUGGGGGGGGCAGGGGUAGGAAACACGAUCUUGGCGGGACAGAACCAGAAGAGACGGCUACAGCUAGACUUUGAACAGGCCCACGAGGACGCCCUGGUGAGCAGGAUCAUGUCGCUGAUCGAGCCGGGCGGUGACGACCACAAGUUAGCCCCUGCCUACCUGCUGUGUCUCUGCAUACAGCACUCUGCCUCCGCCUUCCCACCGGGCUGCUUCGGCAAACUGCUGCUGAAGAUAGUACGACACAUACAGACCAUCUCCUGG